AUGACAAUACGGACAUACGAGCCACCUAUUUCAGGGUCCGAGAAGGCCCAAGCGCUGUAUAAGGACGACUCCGAUGACGGCGGGCUUGGAGGCUUCUGGCUGCUCUCCCGCGCCCUGCCCGCAGCCCGCAUAUGCCCACGGGCGGCGUCCCGCUCCUUCCGCCUGGCCAAUGCCUCCCAAUCGCGCUGCUAUGCCAUUGCUGCACACGACGUCUCAAAUCCCAAGUUGACCACAAUCGACACAUCCAAGUUGUCUAUCACCAAGACGACGACUCCCAAGGAAUUGAUCCCCAACGAUGAAUUGGUUUUCGGCAAACACUUCACCGACCACAUGCUGUCUCUCGAAUGGACAGCAACCGACGGCUGGCAGCCUGCCCGUAUCACUCCUUACCAGAACCUCUCGCUCGACCCAGCCACCUGUGUCUUCCACUAUGCCUUUGAGUGUUUCGAGGGCAUGAAGGCCUACAAGGACGAGAAGGGCAACGUUCGUCUCUUCCGCCCCGACAAGAACAUGGCCCGCCUGAACAGAUCCUCUGCUCGCAUUGCUCUUCCCAACUUCGACCCCAAGGCCAUGAUUGACCUGGUCGCCAAGUUUGUCAAGCUGGACGAGCGCUUCAUCCCUGCGUGA